AUGUGUGAGAGCAAUCCUUUCAGCUUAGAUUUGCAGAAUUUGAAAAAUUUGGAGACAGAAUUGUAUUCAAUGACGGCAAGAUCGUUAAACUUCUGGCUUAUCAAAUUUGUUCAAGAAGUUUGCGAAAAGGAUGGCAAGCUAUAUCCCGGGCGUACAGUAUACCAAAUUAUAUGCUCGUUGAAACGACAUCUAGACGAAAAUGGCCGGGCUGAAGCUAACAUGUUAAAUGCUAACAAUCACUGGUAGGUUGAAUUUGUUCAUUUUUAAUUAAUGGUUUAGUUUAAUUUAUUGUAAUGUGAGCUUGUAUAUUACUCAGUUUCCAGACGUUCAGAAGAGUGCUGGAUAGUGAAAUGAAAGCCACCCACCGGGAAGGCGAAUCGCUUGCGGUGAAUCGUACAAGACGAGGGAAAGAAGCUAUUACAGAUGAUGAAGAGGGUUUGCUGGGGUCAAAAGGCUUGCUGGGAGACAAAACUGCUCAAAGUUUGGUUUACACAAUUUAUUUCUAUAUCGGAAAAUAUUCGGAUUAA